UAUGCCAAAUAUGUAAGCGACAUUUCCUUAACUCCAAGAUAUAUCAUCAAUACAAAAGUCCAAAAACGUCCAAUCUCACUAACUCAUCAUAAAUACUUACAAGUAAGGCCAGUUGGGAGGUACCAUUAUCAAUUUAUCACCAACUUGCCAAACUUUGUCUUCCACCAUUUUAAAACUCACUAGAACAAUAGUCUCGUUUUUCUACAAGAAUGGCUUCACUACCAUUGGUGACAAGAAUAAAGCUGCUGUUAUUAGAUUUAUUAACAUACAUAAGCACACGGCGUGACGGCACAAUCAAUCGAUUUCUCUUCGGCCUCGUGGACUCGAAAACACGAGCGCCGGCCACAAAAGUCAUAAACAAAACCCGCGUCUCCACCUCCGACAUCACAAUCGACGCCUCCCGCAACCUGUGGCUCCGCCUCUUCAGCCCAGCCACUCCCGCCUCCGAGCCCCUCCCCUUGCUCGUAUACUUCCACGGCGGCGGAUUCGCCAACUACGGACCAGACACCAAGUAUUUCGACCACCUCUGCAGCCACCUGGCCGCCGCCAUCCCUGCCGUCGUCGCCUCCAUCAACUACCGCCUCACCCCCAACCACAGGUGGCCCACCCAAUACGAGGAUGGGUUGGAAGCGCUGAAAUUCAUCGACACGCGGCGCCACGACAUCCUACCGGCGAAUGCCGAUGUGAGCAAAUGCUUCAUCGGCGGCGACAGCGCGGGCGGAAACAUAGCUCAUCACGUGACGGUGGGAGUGGCGGAGAGGAAAGUGCGGUUUGAGGAAAUCAGAAUCGUGGGAGUGGUGGCGCUGCAGCCGUUUUUCGGGGGUGAGAAACGGACGGAGUCGGAGGUGAUGCUGGGGGAUAAGGCGCCGGUGCUCAGUGUGAAGCAGACGGAUGAGUAUUGGAGGGCGUUUCUGCCGGAGGGGGCGGACAGAGAUCACCCGGCGGCUAAUGUGUUUGGGAAGGUGGCGCUUCAGGAGCUUGAAUUUCCGGCGAGUUUGGUGGUUGUGGGAGGGAAUGAUCCGCUGCGGGAUUGGGAUAAAAGGUAUGUUGAGUGGUUGGAGAGCUGUGGGAAACGAGUGGUGGUGGCCAACUAUCCCAAUGCGUUUCAUGGCUUUUAUACCUUUCCCGAACUGCCUGAAUUUGCUUUCUUGCUUCGCGACGUCAACAAUUUUGUCACCUCCUCCAUUUGAAUUUCAAAAUAAUGCACACAAUAAGUUUGAAGGGAUAAUUAAUGUAGUAGAUUCUGAGUUUCACUUUAUUUAUAUAUGAUUUGCUUUAAUUUGUUUU